GUCCACUUAACCUUAAAAACUUGCUAUCAAACAGCUCUUAACAAGCCAACAGCCAUGUCUGAUGGUCCAGGGGUUUUUGAGGUGGAGGAAGAUGAUGAGUGUUGGGCUCGGCUGGAGGACUACCGAAUGCUUCUCAUCAAGACCAUUGAGCCCUCAAGGAUAACACCUUAUCUGAGACAGUGCAAGGUGCUGAGCAGCGAGGAUGAGGAGCAGAUCUACAAUGAUCCAAGUUUGGUUAUCAGACGCCGCAAAGUUGGUGUGCUGUUGGACAUAUUACAAAGAACUGGGCUCAAAGGAUAUGAGGCUUUUCUAGAAAGCUUGGAGUUAGACUACCCAGAUGUGUACCGCAAGAUCACCGGUAAAGAGCCUGCAAGGGUGUUCUCUGUACUUAUUGACACUGCUGGUGAAUGCGGCCUCACUCAGUUCCUCAUGAGCGAGGUGUCUCGUCUGCAGAAGCUGGCGCAGGAUGAGCGGAGGGCCCGACUGGAAGUAUCUGCACAGGUAAAGGAGCAGCACGAAACCAUCCGCCAGCUGCAGCUGUGUGAAAAUGAGCUGCACAAACAGCAGGAGCGUGUGCACCGCAUCCGAGAAGAGCGCGAGCGCAUGUGUGAGGAGGCUCGGACACUGAAAGAUGAGAAUUACCGACUGAUGCACGAUCUGACUCGACUGAGCGAAGAGAAGAACUGCGCGCUCAUGUGUAACAGAGACCUCCAGCUAGAGAUCGAGAAAUUAAAACACAGCUUAAUGAAUGCCGAAAGUGAUUCAAAGAUUCAACGGAAAAAGACUGUAAACUUGAAAAAUGCCAUGGAGCAAAGGCCGAGUCCAGAGAUCAUCUGGAAGAUGCAGAGACAAAACGACCUCCUUAAAGCUCGCAUACAAGAGCUCGAAAGUGCUUCCAAGGUUCAAACUCCUGAGCAGGAAAAGCCUGAUUCACAGACAUUAGAGGAUUUCAAGCAACAAAGUCAGGCACAAUACCAAGAGCUGGUGAAUGAUCUCUACAAUCUAAGAAGAGAUCUUCAUGAUGCAGAAAAGCUGCGUGAUAAGUAUCGAGAAGAGAAGGAUGAGUUAGAACUUAAGUGCUUAAUGCUAAAGAAGGACUCUAAGAUGUAUGGAGACCGAAUGGAAGACAUUCUGAAACAGCUGGAAGAGGUGAUCAAAGAAAGAGACAAGGCUAUUUGUACGAGAGAGGAGUACCAUCUGGAAAACUCAAAAAAUCUCCAAGACAAAGACCAGUACCGCAAGCAGAUCCGGGAAAUGGGAGAACGCUAUGAUGAACUUCAAGUCCAGUUGUUUCGAACUCAAGGAGAAGUUCUUGCUCUUCAAGCUACACUUCGCAAACAGAAGAGCCCCAUUCGAGUGAACUCAGGAGAGAGUUCCUUGCUGAGUUCAUUUGAGCUGAAAAGUAGCGAGGAGGAGUCCAGGGAAAGGGGUGAAAAGGAUAUGAGUGAAGAGUCACAGAGCCAGACAUCCGGCGAGUUCAAUGUACGUUUCUCUAGGAGGGUUUCUGGGGAGGACAUCUCAGAUAACUGCAAAAAUAAUAGAAAGUGCAACUUCCAUUACAGGAGGAAACGUGCUUUAAGAACUAAAAGAUGCACAGACAAAGACAAUAUGCAAGGCCUCCUAGACAACACUACCGGGAGUGAUACAGAUGGGAUGUGACAUACAGCUUUGGACAAGCAGAAGAAAUGUGACCUUAUCUGAAAACAUUUAUUUAAUGACAGUCUAUUAUUAUUGUGCUGGAUUUACUAUGUGUUAGUUUAAAAAAUUUAAUCUUAGUGAUAUUCUAUAAUGAUUCAAAUCUGAUAACAUUGCUUACAAAUUUCAAGCAAAAAUGUAGUGUUAUUACAGCAAAUAUCAGUUUCUUAACUAUUGUGAAGUUGGGUAUUAUAUUGUCGAAAAAUGAAUAAACACAUCUGAAAAUGG